AAAAGGAAUGAAUACCAUACGAGUCCAUGCUCUCCUUUUAAAGGUUAUGACACCGCAGUUCUGCAACACUGUGGCGUUCGUCCUGUGGAACAUUCGUUACGCCCGAAGCCGGAUUCAUCUCGACCCAGAUGCGUCCCGGAAUGUCUCUGAGCUGAUUACAAGCAAGGGAUAUCCCGUGGAAGAGCACACUGUGACAACCGACGACGGCUACGUCUUACGUGUUCAACGGAUACCCCACGAAAAGAGCGACGGCGCACAACGGACUAACCACAAUGUCCACAGCGAAGGAAGGACGCCAGUGCUCGUACUGCACGGAACGGCCAUGUCGUCCGCUGACUUUGUCCUCAAUUUUCCACAUCAAAGUUUAGGAUUUCUACUCGCUGACGCUGGCUACGACGUCUGGCUUGGCAACUUUCGCGGCAAUAUCUACACUAGUCACACCAGAUACUCUAGAGUUAAUCCCUUCUUCUGGAACUUCAGUUUUGACGAAAUGGUGAAGCACGACCUGCCAGCUACGAUAGACGCAGUGCUGAACGUGACGCAGCAAGAACGACUCCUGUACAUCGGCUGGUCUCAGGGAUCUCAGGUUCUGUUCGGCCUUCUCUCCGAAAAGCCUGAGUACAACAGCAAGAUCGUACUUUUCACCGCCAUGGCUCCGGUAGCCUACUUGGGACGCAUGAGGACCCCUUUGCUGGCAUUCGAGCCGUACGCUGACGUCAUAGCGACAUUCCUCAGACUCACCGGAAGUGGAGGACUCAUGGUAAACACAGCGCUGACAAAGCUACAAGCCGCGCUCGUGUGCGGAAGUGACUUCACGGUGGAUUUGUGCAUCGCAGCGGUAGCUGUACUGAACGGCAUCAACUGGAACCAGCUGAACAUCAGCCGGCUGUCAGUGUACCUAAGCCACGACCCUUCGGGCACCUCAGUGCGUAACGUCUACCAUCUUACCCAGCUCAUUCGUUGCAACUGCUUCCGGAAGUACGACUACGGGAUGCUACUCAACAUAAUGAAUUACAGAACGUGGCGGCCGCCCAAGUACGAGCUGUCCCGCGUGCGAGUUCCCGUGGCGCUGUACCACAGUGCGGGCGACUGGUACGCCGACCCAUGGGACGUGGCGCGAUUGCAAAGGGAGCUGCCCAGCGUGGUGCAUCUCUACACGGUGGCCGACCGGAGGUUUACGCAUUACGACUUUGUUGUUGGAACGGGCGACGACGCAACUCUCCUGUACAGAGAAAUGAUACGCUUCAUGGAGCAGUAUCGGAACGACGCCGUCCCCGAGUAGGCCACGACACCUAUAUCGUGAUCACAGUGAAGUCUAACGGACGUCACUGAUAAGACAUUGAUAUUUAAAGCAGUUCUGAAUCACUUU